AUGAAAUCAAGCUCGAAAUAUUUCGAUUCGAUCCGCAUCAAGCCUGGCGGCAAGAAGAGGCAGGCCGAAGAGGAAGCGCGCAACCGCUGCCAAUGGGCGGGGUGCGAGCGGCCGGGGGCGCACAAGGCGCCCGCCGGACGCAAUCGGGACGGCGAAUAUCUGUGGUUCUGUCUCGACCAUGUGCGCGAGUACAACAAGAACUACAAUUAUUUCUCCGGCCUUUCGGACGACGAUAUCGCCAGGUUCCAGAAGGACUCCAUGACCGGCAACCGGCCGACCUGGAAGAUGGGCACGGCGAAUAUGAAGACGACCGCCGCGCCGGUCUUUUCGGAUCUGAAGUCGGGAUCGGCCAAGGCGAUGCGGAUGCGCGAUCCCGACGCCUGGGCGCGGGCGCAAAGCCAGAAGCCGGUACGCCGGCUCAAGCCGCUGGAGUCCAAGGCCAUGCGCACGCUCGGUCUGAAGGACGAUGCGACGUCGGACGACGUCAAGACACGCUACAAGGAACUGGUCAAGAAGCACCAUCCCGACGCCAACGGCGGCGAUCGCACCUCCGAGGAGCGGUUCCGUGACGUGAUCCAGGACAAUGAGAACGGGCGUGACCGAGGGCGGCGCGCCGGAGAAGACGAGAUGAACAAGAUCGAACUCGAUAUUGCGGACAUGCCCGACACGAGCGUCGAUGUGCGCGACACCUUCGGCAUCGAUGUCGACAUGACCGUUCCGGCCUUUUCGACCGGCGAUUCCCACGUUCCGGAGAUCGACCCGGACUAUAUUUUCGACCGCGCCACCACGCUGGCGAUCCUGGCGGGCUUUGCCCACAAUCGCCGUGUCAUGGUCUCGGGCUAUCACGGCACCGGCAAGUCGACCCAUAUCGAGCAGGUCGCCGCGCGUCUCAACUGGCCAUGCGUGCGCGUCAAUCUCGACAGCCACAUUUCCCGCAUCGAUCUUGUCGGCAAGGAUGCCAUCGUCGUUCGCGAGGGCAAGCAGGUCACCGAGUUCCGCGACGGAAUUCUGCCCUGGGCCUAUCAGAACAAUGUCGCGCUGGUGUUCGACGAGUAUGAUGCCGGCCGCCCCGACGUGAUGUUCGUCAUCCAGCGCGUUCUUGAAAGCUCGGGCCGGCUGACGCUGCUCGACCAGAGCCGCGUGAUCCGCCCGCAUCCGGCCUUCCGCCUGUUCGCCACCGCCAACACGGUGGGUCUGGGCGACACGACCGGCCUUUAUCACGGCACCCAGCAGAUCAACCAGGCGCAGAUGGACCGCUGGUCGGUCGUCACCACGCUCAACUAUCUGCCGCACGACAAUGAGGUCGAGAUCGUGCUCGCCAAGGCCAAGCACUAUCAGACCAAGGAUGGCCGCGAGACGGUCAACGCCAUGGUGCGGCUCGCCGACCUCACGCGGCAAGCCUUCAUGAAUGGCGAUUUGUCGACUGUCAUGAGCCCCCGCACGGUGAUCACAUGGGCCGAAAACGCCGAGAUCUUCGGCGAUCUGGGCAUGGCGUUCCGCCUGACGUUCCUCAACAAGUGCGACGAUCUCGAACGAACGCUGGUGGCCGAAUUCUACCAGCGCUGCUUCGGCGAGGUCCCGACCGCGAGCACGAUGGCCAGCCCAGGAGACAAUUCCCGCAAGCGCGCGCAGAAGCCCGCCGACACCGAGCCGCUCAAGCGAGCGGUGACCGGCUGCAUGCGCGCCAUCGCGGGCGAACCGGAGCUGGAGGUUGUCUUUUCGGCCGAUCGGCCGGCCUUCGCCGGCAAGCAUGCGCGGCUGACCGACCUGCCAAAGCGGGUAACCAGGAACGAUGUCAUGGUCACGCGCGGCAUGGGCGACUCGAUCGCCCUGCGCUCGGCCUGCCACGACAACGCCACGCACCGCGCCAUCGCGCCCGAGGGCGAUCAGGCGCGUGCCAUUUAUGACGCGGUGGAACAGGCGCGCGUCGAGUCGCUGGGCACGCGCCGCAUGGCCGGCGUGGGCGACAAUCUGGCCGCCAUGCUCGAAGACCGGUUCACGCGCAACAAUCUGUCCGCGGUCACCGAAAAGGACCAGGCGCCGCUGGAGGAAGCGGUGGCGCUGAUGGUUCGCGAGAAACUGACCGGCCGGCCGACGCCGGAAGCGGCCAGCGCCGUCGCCGAUCUCUGGCGCGAAUGGAUCACCGAGAAGGCCGGGGCCGAUCUCGACGCGCUCGCCGCCAAUGUCGAGGAUCAGAACGCGUUCGCCCGCGCCGUGCGCCACAUGCUGGCCGCCAUGGAAAUGGCCGACGACUAUGAGGGCGACGGCGCCGACGAAGCCGACGACGACGACAGCCCUGAAGAGCAGCCGCCCGACCAGGAAGAGCAGGACGAUGGCGGCCUGGACGACCAGCAGUCGGGCGAGGAAAGCGCCGAUCAGGACGAGGCGCCUGCCGAGAGCGAGGAGACCGAAACCGGCGAGAUGGAGGCGUCCGACGCCACCAGCGACGACAUGGACGACGAUUUCGAUCUCGAUGCCGAGGAGCCCGGCGAGGUCGAGCGGCCCGAUCCCGGCAUUCAGGAUAUCCUGUCGGAUAUCGACUACCGCAUCUACACGACCGAAUUCGACGAGACGAUCGCUGCCGAGGAACUGUGCGACGAGGCCGAACUGGACCGUCUGCGCGCCUAUCUCGACAAGCAGCUCGCCAACCUUCAGGGCGUCGUCGGCCGCCUCGCCAACCGGCUCCAGCGCCGCCUGAUGGCGCAGCAGAACCGGUCAUGGGACUUCGAUCUCGAAGAAGGCUAUCUCGACCCGGCGCGGCUGCCGCGCGUUGUCGUCGAGGAGAUGAAAGGCGGCUUCGGCGCUCUGACCUUCAAGCGCGAGCGCGACACCAAUUUCCGCGACACCGUGGUCACGCUUCUGAUCGACAAUUCGGGCUCGAUGCGCGGCCGGCCGAUCUCGGUCGCCGCCACCUGCGCGGACAUUCUGGCGCGGACGCUUGAGCGCUGCGGCGUCAAGGUGGAGAUCCUCGGCUUUACAACGCGGGCCUGGAAGGGCGGUCAGGCGCGCGAGGCCUGGCUCAAGCGCGGCAAGCCGUCCGAACCCGGCCGUCUCAACGAUCUGCGCCACAUCAUCUACAAGAGCGCGGAUGCGCCCUGGCGCCGGGUGCGCAAAAAUCUCGGCCUGAUGAUGCGCGAGGGUCUCCUGAAGGAAAACAUCGACGGCGAAGCGCUGACCUGGGCCUAUCGGCGCCUUGCCGUCCGGCCCGAGCAGCGCCGCAUCCUGAUGAUGAUUUCAGACGGGGCGCCGGUCGACGAUUCGACGCUGUCGGUCAAUCCGGGCAACUAUCUCGAACGCCAUCUGCGCGCGGUUAUCGAGGAGAUCGAAACGCGCUCGGAUGUCGAGUUGCUGGCGAUCGGCAUCGGCCACGAUGUGACCCGCUAUUACCGCCGCGCCGUGACCAUCGUCGAUGCCGAGGAGCUGGCCGGCGCGAUGACCGAGCAACUGGCCGCCCUGUUCACCGACGCCGAACUCCACCGCAUGGAGGCACGGACGCGGCCGAUCACCCGCUUCCGCAUCGGCUCCGACGAAACACGUUUCGGCGAUCUCGAAUUUGCCGGGGGCCUCGAGAUCAACGCCACCUCUCGCCAUUUCGGCGCAUUGUCCGGUUUUCGCUUCGUUGACGGGCAGGGCCGGUUUAUCGGCGUCACCGACACCGGUUUCUGGGUCGAUGGAACAUUGGCCCGCGGUGAGGAUGGCAAUCCCGCCGGCGUCACCGAUCUGGCCAUGACCGCGAUUGCGGGCAGGGGAGGCGCGCCGAUCACCGGAAAAUGGCAGGCCGAUGCCGAAGGCAUUGCCGCCCGCGACGGAACGCUGUGGGUGUCGUUCGAGCGCGAACAUCGCAUCGCCGUGUACGAGACCGAUGGCGAAAAGCGCCGCUGGAAGGCCGCCGCCCCGCCGCCCGUGCCGCUCCACGAACUGCGCAGGAAUCGCGGGUUCGAAGGCAUCGCCAUCGGCACGGAGGCAAGCGCGCUUGCCGGAGCCCUGAUCGGCGUAACCGAAAACAGCCUCGAUGCGGCCGGCAAUAUCAUGGCUUUUGCGAGCCCGGGAACAGGUGAGCCGUUCGAGUUUUCCGUCGCAAAACGGGACGAUUUCUACGUCACGGACAUCGAUUUUCUGCCCGACGGCGAUCUGAUCCUGCUCGAACGCCGCUUCAAUGUGCGCGACGGCGUCGCAAUGCGGUUGCGCCGGAUCGAUGAUGCCGCAAUAACCGCCCGUGCCACGGUCGAUGGCGAGGUCCUUCUGGAAGCCGACAUGACGCCGACGGCGUGCCGCGCCUGA